UUCAAAACACAAGAGUGAAAGAAGUGGGUAUAUAUAAAAGGAACCCUUAAACAAACUUCAUUCUGUCCCACUCUUUUUCCUCGCAUUUCUUCACUCUUCUUUUCUUCUCCGAUCUAUACACUUAUCUGAAAUGAACCAAACCACCGUCGCCAACUUCGAAAAACCAAUAGGAUGCUACUCUCCAUCGGUUCAAGAGCUUAUUGUUAUUGAUGAUGUGCUCUCGGCCAUGGUUGGCAUUGAAGGUCGGUACAUCUUAAUAAAAACAGUUCGAGGAAAGAAUGAUGAUAUUUCUUUCCUGGUCGACCCAUCAAUGGAUUUGGCCCUGCAGGAAUUGGCAAAACGGAUAUUCCCCCUUUGCAAAAGUUUUUUGUUGAUUGACCAGUUUGUGGAGUCAAGGUCUCAGUUCCAGAAUGGUCUGGUUAAUCAUGCCUUUUCUGCUGCAUUGAGGGCUCUUCUUCUCGAUUACCAGGCUAUGGUGGCUCAACUUGAACACCAAUUUCGGUUUGGGAGGCUUUCUCUUCAAGGAUUGUGGUUCUAUUGUCAGCCCAUGAUGAGGUCAAUGCAGGCAUUGUCCAUUGUCAUACAAAAGGCUUCGGUCAACAACAUUUCUGGUUCAGCUGUUCUUAACUUACUGCAGAGCCAGGCAAAGGCUAUGGCUGGGGACAAUGCUGUGAGGUUGAUGCUGGAGAAAAUGACACAAUGUGCAAGUAGUGCUUACAUGAGCAUAUUAGAAAGAUGGGUUUAUGAAGGUGUAAUAGAUGAUCCUUAUGGUGAAUUUUUCAUCGCAGAGGACAAAUCUCUUCAGAAGGAGAGUCUCACCCAGGAUUAUGAAGCUAAGUAUUGGCGACAACGUUACAGUCUUAAAGAUGGAAUUCCUAGUUUCCUUGCAAAUAUCGCAGGGACAAUUUUGACGACGGGAAAAUAUUUAAAUGUCAUGAGAGAAUGUGGGCACAAUGUUCAGGUCCCUCCAUCAGAAAAUUCAAAACUUAUGAGUUUUGGAUCAAAUCAUCAAUAUCUUGAAUGUAUUAAGGCUGCUUAUAACUUUGCUAGCAGUGAACUCUUGAAUCUCAUUAAUGAUAAGUAUGAUCUUACGGGAAGGCUACGGUCAAUUAAACACUACCUUCUUCUAGAUCAGGGUGAUUUCUUAGUACAUUUUAUGGAUAUUGCAAGGGAUGAACUAGCAAAAAAGCCUGAUGAAGUCUCAGUUGAGAAGCUGCAGUCACUAUUAGACCUUGCAUUGCGUACUACAGCAGCUGCAGCAGAUCCUUUUCACGAAGGCUUAACAUGUGUUGUGGAAAGAUCUUCUUUGCUCAGAAGGUUGGGAACAUUUAAUGAUCUUGAAGUUAGUCAGAGAAGUUCUACUGAUAAUGAUUUGGAGGAAACCGUUAGCAUCACUGGACUUGAAACAUUUUCACUAAGUUACAAGGUGCACUGGCCACUGUCUAUAGUAUUAUCACGUAAAGCCCUCGCAAAGUACCAAUUAAUUUUUCGAUUCCUUUUCCACUGUAAACAUGUUGACCGUCAGUUGUGUGGAGCAUGGCAAAUACAUCAAGGAGUUCGUGCUCUCAAUACGCGAGGAACUGCUAUUUCCAGAUCAUCUCUUCUUUGCCGUAGUAUGCUUAAAUUUAUUAAUAGCCUUCUACACUAUCUGACAUUUGAGGUUAUUGAACCAAACUGGCAUGUGAUGUAUAACAGACUUCAGACAGCAAAUAGCAUAGAUGAGGUUAUUCAGCACCACGAUUUUUUCCUUGAUAAAUGUUUGAGAGAAUGCUUACUUCUUUUACCUGAGCUGCUGAAGAAGGUGGAAAGGCUUAAAUCCAUGUGCCUGCAAUAUUCAGCAGCAACGCAGUGGCUUAUAUCAUCUUCUAUUGAUUUAGGUGACUCAGAGGAACCUAUUGAUUCAGUUGGCUUGAAUAAAGCCAAAAGGAAGUCAGGUCAGGUCUUGAAGUCAACCACCAAAAACGUGGCAGUCACUGAUUCUGUUCUGAAAUUUGAGAAAGAGUUUAACACCGAGCUUCAGAGUCUUGGAUCUAUCUUGAGCAAUAACUCCCAGGCAGAACCAUACCUGGCACAUCUUGCACAAUGGAUUCUUGGUGUUAAAAAUGAACAAAAUGGUUUAUGAAUGGCUUUAACUUGCAGUAUGUAAGAUAGCAAUUAUGCACAAGGUAGCGUGAUUUUCAGGUAUAGGUGUUGUUGACACUCUCACAGAGGCAGAUAAUUGUGUUUGUACCGAUAUUUCAGAAAAAUAAUCCUUAUUUUUCAAGUGUUCUCUACGUUAUUUUUUUUCUCAAUUUACUUGGUAAUUGAUGAUUUGGCCGUCAAAGACAACGAUGUAUAGAUACUGUCUAAUGUUGUGUUUUUAUUCUGAUUUAACUAUUCCAAUAGUUACUGUUACUGUUA